GUGUGAUAGUGUGUGUGUGUGUGUGCUCUGUUUCUCUUUCUGCCUGUGUCUCACGCGCUCGGGAUUUGCGAUGGAUGUUCUACCCAUGUGCAGCAUUUUCCAGGAGCUGCAGAUAGUCCAUGACACCGGCUAUUUCUCAGCGUUACCGUCGCUGGAAGAAUACUGGCAACAGACAUGUCUGGAGCUGGAGCGCUACCUGCAGAGCGAGCCGUACGUCUCGGCAGCCGAGCUCAAGUUCGACCCUCAGGAGGACCUGUGGAGCAAACUGAUCUUGGCUUGCGGUGACGGUGACAAGAGUGAAAUGGACUCGAACUCGAACGCUGAUCUCGCUCACGUCAAAGAGGAGGACGCUCAGGACGGCCCGAUGUCGGAAACGCGUAGCGUGAACUCGGACGCCAGCAGCGAGGUGUCGGAUAGCUCCGAGGAGCUCUCGCCGACGCACAUCUUCAGCUCGAACCCUCUCGGCCCGGGACACUUGGCCUCGUCCAUCAUCGCCACGCCGCCGUCAUCUCCGGAGGCGCUGCAGGAACCUGCCAUCCCUCAGCUCUGGGGAUCCAUACACACUGAUCUACACGUAGCCGGUAAGGCCAGGCACAGUGGAACGGCCAAGGGCUCGGAUAAGCUGGCAUUGCCCGGAGGUGACGCGUCUCCGGAUGGCAGGAGGAGGGUGCACAGGUGCCAUUUCAACGGCUGCCGCAAAGUUUACACGAAGAGUUCACACUUAAAAGCACAUCAGCGGACUCACACGGGUGAGAAGCCGUACAGGUGUUCGUGGGAAGGCUGUGAGUGGCGCUUUGCACGCAGUGAUGAGCUAACCCGGCACUUCAGGAAGCACACGGGUGCAAAGCCAUUUAAAUGCAGUCACUGUGACAGGUGUUUCUCCAGGUCAGACCACCUGGCCCUGCACAUGAAGAGGCACCUCUGAGCAGGUCGUGGCAAGUGCGGAUUUGCUCUCGUUGUAUCGUGACCAGCCUCCUGGUUGCCCUGCCCUCGUCGGGGGGGAGGAGUGUGUGUCCAGCCAAAGCAUGCCAUUUUGCACCGUACCCUGUGCCUCCGGGAAUCUCGGGGAGAAAGGCCUACUGAGCGGUUGUGGGGAAAAAAAAUGCACAAAAAAAAAAACAACAAAAAACAAAAUAAUAAAAAAAGACAAAAAGAAAACGGAGAGGGAUGAAAUCACGUGCGAAGUCGAAGAAAAGUGAAGAAUGAAGGACUUUAGGACAAAAUGACAAAAAAAAAAA